AUGAGCUGCAACUCUGCGUCGCUUCCGAGGCCCCGCCCUCCGGAUGAUGCGCCUAUAUCUUUGCACAUGCUCACAGUCUCCAGUUAGACCUGCGGUGAGAGAUUUAUUGGAAUAAAAAACCCAACUGGAAGCAAACCACGACUGAAGAUGAGGGAACAUCAACAAGUGAACCAGCCCGAGGAUUGAGAGCAUCAACUGAAGAGAAUCCAUCUGACUCGGAGAUUCCAGUGAUUCAGUCAGGAGAAAGUUUGGUUAAAAAUGAGAAGGAGUUUGUCUCCCGGAAGCUCAAUCAUGGCACACCAGUUUUGCUGUCUCUGUCUGGAUAUUUAAGAAGUGAAGCAAGGGAUUGAAUCGACCAUCCUUCCUGAUCAGACUACGGGGCAGGAUUCACUCAGUCAUUUGACCAACUGGCAUGCCCAUCAUUUUACACUGUCUUCUGCUCAGACAGUGGGAAUGGAUUCAGUCAGUCAUCUCAACUGAAGGUACAUCAGCAAGUUCACACUGGGCAAGGUCAUUCACCUGUUCUUUGUGUAAGAAAGCAUUUAGUCUGUCAUCCCACCUGUGGACACACCAGUCAGAAGCUGGUCACCUGUUGAAUUUCUGGGAAAGGAUUCACUCGGUCGUCUGACCUGAUGGCACACCAGCGAGUUCAGACUGGGGAGCGGCCAUUCACUUGCUCGGACUGUGGGAUGAGUUUCACUCGGUCAUCCACCCUACAGAGACACCAGCGAGUUCACACUGGGGAGAAGCCAUUCACCUGCUCAGUCUGUAGGAAGGGAUUCACUCAGUCAUCUAACCUGAAGAGUCACCAGCGAGUUCACACUGGGGAGAAGCCAUUCACCUGCUCAGAAUGUGGGAAGGGAUUCAUCAACUCUUCCACCCUACAGAGGCACCAGUGUGUUCACACUGGAGAGAAGCCAUUCACCUGCUCCAUCUGUGGGAAGGGAUUCAAUUGGUCAUCUGACCUACAGAGACACCAGAAAGUUCACACUGGGGAGAAGCCAUUCACCUGCUCCAUCUGUGGGAAGGGAUUCAAUUGGUCAUCUGACCUACAGAGACACCAGAAAGUUCACACUGGGGAGAAGCCUUUCACCUGCUCAGUCUGUGGGAAGGGAUUCAGUCAGUCAUUUCACCUGCGGAGUCAUCAGCGAGUUCACACUGGGGAGAAGCCAUUUACCUGCUCAGAAUGUGGGAAGAGAUUCACUCGGUCAUCUGACCUAAUGGCUCACCAGCGAGUUCACACCGGGGAGCGGCCGUUUACCUGCUCGGACUGUGGGAAGGGAUUCACUCGGUCAUCUGACCUAAUGGCUCACCAGCGAGUUCACACCGGGGAGCGGCCGUUUACCUGCUCGGACUGUGGGAAGGGAUUCACGCGGUCAUCUGGCCUAAUGGCUCACCAGCGAGUUCAUACCAGGGAGCGGCCGUUUACCUGCUCAGACUGUGGGAAGGGAUUCACUUUGUCAUCGAAACUAGUGAGACACCGGCGAGUUCACACUGGGGAGAAGCCGUUCACCUGUUCAGUCUGUGGGAAAGGAUUCAGUCAGUCAUUUCACCUGCAGAGUCAUCAGCGAGUUCACACUGGGGAGAAGCCAUUCACCUGCUCAGAAUGUGGGAAGAGAUUCACUCGGUCAUCUGACCUAAUGGCUCAUCAGCGAGUUCAUACCGGGGAGUGGCCGUUUACCUGCUCAGACUGUGGGAAGGGAUUCACUUUGUCAUGGAAACUAGUGAUACGCCAGCGAGUUCACACUGGGGAGAAGCCGUUCACCUGCUCAGUCUGUGGGAAGGGAUUCAAUCAGUCAUUUCACCUGCAGAGUCAUCAGCGAGUUCACACUGGGGAGAAGCCAUUCUCCUGCUCAGAAUGUGGGAAGAAGUUCACUUCGUCAUCUAACCUGCAGAGUCAUCAGCAUGUUCACACUGGGGAGAAACCGUUCACCUGCUCAGACUGUGGGAAGCGAUUCACUUUCUCAUCUAAGCUGAAGGUACAUCAGGUGGUUCACACUGGGGAGUGGCCAUUCACCUGCUCAGUCUGUGGGAAGGGAUUCACUCAGUCCUCCACCCUACAGAAACACCAGUCGGUUCACACAUUCUGAGCUAUUCACCUGCUCAGAAUGUGGGAAAGGAUUCAUUCAGUCAUCCCAACUACUGGCACACCAGUCAGUUCACAAUGUUAUUAAUCCCUUGCUUUUGUUUGCUGUGGACAUUCAUUUUAAGAGAGAGAGGGAUUAAGAAGGCAAAUCAGUCUGGCUUGCAGCUUGUUUACAUCGCUCACAGCUUGUUUUGAUUUAACCGAGGACUCAGACACUCAGAGUCAGACGGAGAUGAAGGAGGAAAAGUGGAAGGAUCGAAACAAGGGAACUAGUGGCCAAGGGUCACUGUUUAGAGCUUUCCUAUGCCCACAAGGGUGGGUUAAGUAUCGAUUCACCAUACAUUGAAUGUGUGGUUGUCACCUUGUUUGAUCCAUAGGUGUGGAUCGGAUUUGGCGUAUCCUGUGAAAACCACUUAUGUGUUAACGCUUGGUGGGGUGUGGUGUGAUAAAUCACAUGAAGAUGAUACCCCUUGUGACAAGUCAAUUUCGGUGAUAAUUCAUAUGUGGAUUUGAAAUGACAACGGAUAAAAUCUGCAGUGACUGUUCUCUCGUUUUACCACAAUGAAACCUUUGGAAUUCGACGUAAUUGCUUUCUCUCGACAUUUACCCUGGAUUACAAAUAUCUUUCUCUCAUCACCUAUUCUGUGGAUGAACUUAACUUCCAUACUUUACCAUCUCAAGACUCUAAGCCUUGUUUCCCCUGAGCUCAAUAGUUUGGGAGUUAUAUUUACACACAUAUAUACACAUAACACUGUUAACUUUUGUUUAUCUUACUUAAUUUACUUUAUUAUAAGUAGAUACUAAUAAAGAUAAUGGAUUUAACAUCAAUACCAGAUGCCAGGAAUAGUCUAUUGCUGCUGGUUCAUUUCUAAAGCUUUUGUUUCUAAGUUUUUGUUCGUAACAAAAUUGGGGCCUGCGUCUGAGAUAUGAACAAAUUUGAGGGCGUGUUGAUUAAUUAAUUAUUGAUUUCAUUGGGGAAAUCCCUUUUGAUUUAUUUGUGCGUGCAAAAUCAGCAACAAUGGAUGUUGAUAAAUGUCUGGAAGCACCAACUUCUGAGGCAUUAGAGGACACCAGAAGGAUCGUGUUGUUGUGUAUUGCGAAAUGGUUUAAACUUGCUAAGGUGAAAUUGACAAUGAGAAAGGCACAGAUGCAGAGGAUUAUAGCUGAACAUUAUGUAUCUGAGGUGUGUUUAAAGUGGAGUAGUUGGAGGUGUUUCCGAAAGUAAACCGAGUGAGCUUGAGCUCCAGUACAAGUUAGAAAAAUUAAAGAUGGAGGCUGCGGAAAGGAAGAGGCAGUUUGAGGGUAGAGAGGCAGAAAAACAGAGGGUGUUCAAGCUGGAAAAGAUAGAGAGAUUGCAGCAAAGGUGUCUCGCGUUAGACUCUGGUGAUAAGUUUGAGGAUGGUCUGGAAGUUAAAUUGGUACCAACACUUGACAAGGCAGAGGUUGAUGAAUACUUUCAGCAUUUUGAGAAGGUUGCUCGGAGUUUAAAGUGGCCAGAAAAGGGUUGGCCUAUUCUCUUACAAUGUGUAAUUAAGGGGAAGGCUCAGCAAGCAUAUUCUGCCUUGACAGUGGAUGAAGCAGCUGAUCAUGAAUGAGUGAAACAGGCUGUGCUCAAAGCUUACGAGUUGGCCCCAAAAUCAUACAGGCAAAAGUUUAGAAAUUCAAGGAAAUCUGUGAACCAGACUUAUAUGGAAUUUGCUUGUGAGAAGUUUGUGUUUUGACCGCUGGUGCACAUAUAAAAAUAUAAAUGAUGAUUUUAUCAGCUUGAAAGAGUUGGUUGUAAUUGAAGAAUUCAAAAGGUGCAUCCCUGAUGACAGGAAGAUGUAUUUAGAUGA